AUGGUGCAUGGAUAUGCUAGUGGAUAUGCGCCACAAAAAGUCAAAGAACCCUGCAACAAAGAUGUCGCUGCGCUGGAGGGCUCACGCUAUAGGGUGCUGGAUGAGGACGGGUACGAUGCACUAGCCCCAGCCGUCGGGGGGGUGUUGCCGGCGCUGGUAGAUGAUCUCUCGGAGAAGAGCCGGAGGGACCUCGGCGCCGGGGUCACGAGGAACUUGCAAGUCGUGGCCGAGGCGGCGACGGGAGCGGUGCAGAGGUGGAUCCAGCUCAAUGAUGAGGCUACGGCGCGCAUAAUGAAGAGAGAGGAACACAUCGAGUGGCUGAGGAAGCUCUUCACUGGGUGGAAGGAGGCUCGGCCGGCCUUGAGGGAGUCGCGGAGGAGGAGGGAUAACGGAGGUAACGUGCGGACAGGCCAGCAGCCAGUGGGACGAACGAGGGCCGCGACGGCGGCUCAAGCGGGAGGGAGCGGAGACGGUGGGCAGCGAGCGAAGUGGGUGAGACUGAUGAUGCUCCUUCGACUUAGGGAGCGGUUCAGCUGCUGGGCGGGCUUCAGGCUGGUGCUCACGCGAAAAGGAAUCGACGCGAUGUACAAAGCAUACAAGAAGAGGAGAAAGAAGAGGAGAGGCGCCAGUGAUGACGAAACAGAAGCUAGCGCAGACGAGGGCAGGGCGGACCCGGGGACGGCGGAGUCGGAGCAGACGGCAUCGGCCGCCGAGGAAACGGCAGACGACGGGGAGGCGGAGCAGACGCGCAGGGCGAGACGAGGGAGGGAGCAGGAUGUUGCUGAGAUCAGCAGGAGGAUGUACGACGAGAUUAGGAGCAGCAGGGACCCGAGGGACCAUGUGGAAGACGGCUAG